GUUACUUUGUUACGAUCCUGAUGUAUGUGACAUGAACUUUCGAGAACUGCGGCAUCGCGAAUCAUUUUUGUGUCAAAUUUUUGAAUGAUUUGAGCGUUUGUUAAUCACAAAGAAAACGGUGCAAUGGCUAGUGAAGAAAGUUCUACGCAAAACGACAAUACGGCAGAGAUAGUUCGCAAAAUAAGAUAUGAGUGGUAUCAAACAGAAACGCAUGUCAUAGUCAUGAUUCUUGCAAAGAAUACACGAAACGUUAAUGUCGAUAUGAAUGAAAAUAGUUUGCGCGUAUCAGCUUUACUGCCACAAAGUGAUUACAAUUUAGAGUUAAAUUUAGCUCAUCCUGUAGUACCCGAACAUUGUACGUUCAAAGUAAGUCCAUCGAAAGUAGAAAUCAAAUUGAAGAAAGAAUCUGGGAUAACAUGGACUACCUUAAAGGGAGAUCCAGUAGCAGAGGCUAAGGUGCAGUCUAUACCUCAAGAAAUUUUACAAGCUAGUGCUCAACCAUCAAAGUAUCCCACUUCAUGUACGAAAACUCGAGAUUGGAAUAAAUUAGAGAAAGAGAUUGAAAAACAAGAGGCAGAGGAGAAUGUAGAAGGAGAAGCAGCUGUAAAUGCUUUGUUCCAACGGAUAUACAGUCAAGGCUCUGAUGAAGUUAGGCGAGCAAUGAAUAAAUCUUUUCAAGAAUCUGGUGGUACAGUAUUGAGUACUAAUUGGUCGAAUGUAGGAAAAGGAAAAGUUGAAAGGAAACUUCCAGAUGGAAUGGAAUGGAAACCUUGGAACACAUAAUACAGUCGAUAUAAUGGAUAUUUAAAUUGCUUACUAUAUUUGACCAAAUUCAUUCUUUUUAUUUUUAAUAAAAUUAUUUCCUAAAUAUUUAAAAUACUCGAUAAAACUCAUAAUAAUGUCUACUCCUCUCAGAUGUUGUGUUGUAUAUCAUAAAGUUAAUUAAUUAUUUAAGUGACUAUUCAUAGAUAAUAAUUAUCUUAUAUUUGUUUAGUUUAUUAAAUACAUUGGCAUAUUUUCCUGACUCAGUGUAACUUUUGUUUUAUGUACAAAGCACAAAAAAUUAUGUUUCAUGUAGUCAACAUUUUUGUAAUAUUUCAAAGAAGAAACUAUGAUGAAUGAAGUAGUUAGAAUAGACUUUUUACUGUUAUAUAUAGUACAAUAAAACUUGAGCCAACUAUUGCACCAUA